UCAUAAACAUCAGUUUAUAGUAAAUACAUAUAAUUAAAUUCAUUUUAUUUAUAAAUAUUUACGUUAUCAUUAUUUUCUUUAAAUUUAAUAUUUACCCAGUUAUUAAUUAAAUCAGCACGUUUGUGGUUGUGCAUUUUAUGAAGAAGACGAGCAAUAGAUGUUAAAAGUGACCUGUACACUUGUUACUAUAAUUGAGAUGUCACUAUGAACCAACAAGAGAGACCAAGUCUUAGUGGAUCAGAUGGGGAUGAAAAUAUCAAAGGUGAUUGGAAAAGAGAGAAAGUUCUUGGAACAGGAGGUUUUGGACGUGUGGAUUUGUGGAGAAAUCAGAAAACAAAUGAACCAAUUGCUAUAAAGGAAUGUCGUUGGGGAAAAGAUGCCAUGAUGACUCCAAAACAUCGACAAAGGUGGAAGUUAGAAGUUGAAAUCAUGAGGAAAUUAAAGCAUCCAAAUGUUAUUACUGCUCUUGAAGUUCCCCCAGCUUUAGAUACAAGUAGCUGUGAUCUCCCUCUGCUUGCUAUGGAAUAUUGUGCUGGUGGUGAUUUGAGAAAAAAAUUUGGAAAGCCAGAAAACUGUUGUGGUCUACCAGAAAAAAAUGUAAGGAUUUUUCUCCGACAAAUUGCCUCAGCUGUAGAAUACCUACACAAGAGACGUAUAAUUCAUCGCGAUCUGAAGCCGGAGAAUAUUCUGUUGCAAGAAAAUGAUGGAAAAUUGCAGUACAAACUGAUUGAUCUAGGUUAUGCCAAAGAAUUGGACCAAGGGAGCAUCUGUACAUCUUUUGUGGGAACUUUACAAUAUUUGGCCCCUGAACUGUUCCACAGCAAAAGGUAUUCAUAUACUGUUGACUACUGGAGUCUAGGCCUUGUAACGCAUGAGAUAAUUGUUGGGUAUCGUCCCUUUCUCCCCUCUCUUUCACCAGCACAAUGGAUACCGUAUGCCGAAAAGAAGUCGUCAUCAACUAUCACUAUGUACCUAGACAAUGAGGGAAAAAUCCACUGCUCGGAAGAAAUGUCUCCAUAUAAUAAUAUUUCAAGGGUUUUCCAGAAAUACUUGGAAGACUGGCUGCAAGUAAUGUUAGAAUGGGAUCCACAAACUAGAGGGCACAGAAAUGGGAGAAAAGCAUUUGAUAUCCUAAAAGAUAUUCUGGAUAAGAAG